GUGCCGCAGCGGCUGCAAGGCCUGUGCCCCGUGGGCUCGGGCGCCUACGGCUCGGUCUGGGCCAGAUCGUACCGGGGCCUACUGGUGCCCCAAUCCGGGCAAGUGCUAUUGUUUGGAAGCGCCCAGCAGAGGCCCCAGCUCAGAAGACAAGCAGGAGAGACAGAAGGGACAUGGAUCAGCCUGGGUACAGGCUGUGCAGAAGCACGGACACCACUCCUCCAUCACCCCUUUCACAGCUGUGUCUUGAUCCUGAGUGCAGUGGGACUGAAGGAGGUUCAGCCUACGACGCACAGCUGCGCCAGAAGGUGGCGGUGAAGAAGCUGUCGCGUCCCUUCCAGUCGCUGAUCCACGCGCGUAGGACUUACCGCGAGCUGCGGCUGCUCAAGCACUUGAAGCACGAGAACGUCAUUGGGCUCCUGGAUGUCUUCACGCCUGCCACGUGCAUCGAGGACUUCAGUGAAGUGUACUUAGUGACCGCCCUAAUGGGCGCCGACCUGAACAACAUCGUUAAGUGUCAGGCGCUGAGCGAUGAACACGUCCAGUUCCUCGUGUAUCAGCUGCUGCGAGGGCUGAAGUAUAUCCACUCUGCCGGGAUCAUCCACCGGGACCUGAAGCCCAGCAACGUGGCAGUGAACGAGGACUGCGAGCUCAGGAUCCUGGACUUUGGGCUGGCGCGCCAGGCGGACGAGGAGAUGACGGGAUAUGUGGCCACGCGCUGGUACCGGGCACCAGAGAUCAUGCUGAACUGGAUGCACUACAACCAGACAGGUGUGACUCAAGGUCACUGGGCUGGCUCCUCCCAGCUCCAAGGAAGGACUGAGAAUGAGCAGACUGAUGCAGCCUUCCUGCCCUUCUUUGCAGUGGACAUCUGGUCUGUGGGCUGCAUCAUGGCUGAGCUGCUCCAGGGAAAAGCUCUCUUCCCUGGAACCGACUACAUUGACCAGUUAAAGCGCAUCAUGGAAGUGGUAGGCACACCCAGCCCUGAGGUUCUGGCAAAGAUAUCCUCAGACCACGCCCGGACAUACAUCCAGUCCCUGCCCCCCAUGCCUCAGAAGGAUCUCAGCAGCAUCUUCCACGGAGCCAACCCCCUGGCUGUAGACCUGCUUGGGAGGAUGUUGGUGCUGGACAGUGACCAGAGGGUCAGUGCUGCUGAGGCACUGGGCCACGCGUACUUCAGCCAGUACCAUGACCCAGAGGAUGAGCCGGAAGCUGAACCCUAUGACGAAAGCGUUGAGGCCAAGGAUCGAACACUGGAAGAGUGGAAGGAGCUCACCUACCAGGAAGUCCUCAGCUUCAAGCCCACGGAGCCUCUGCAGCUGCCCAGCAGCCUGGAGAUUGAGCAGUGAGACACUGUGCAGGGCCACACUCCAGCCUGGGGGACCUGAGCUGCCCCCUUCCUCAGCCCUCAACCCUAGCCUGGGAGCUCUUGUCCCCAGGGGAGUCUACAUAUCUGUGAGUGCACAAGUGUGUACCCACCAUGUGUAAGAGUCGGAGCAGAAGUGUCUCUGGGCCUCCUUGGUCCUCCCACCCUCUCCCAGCAACUAGAUUCUCCCUGAGACUUCACAGUGAGCAGGCCUGGAUGCUCAAGACAGAGGCCUCCCCAGGACUGUGUCUGUGUCCACAUCUCCUCCGGUUCAGAGGUUAUCUGGGGGGGGGGGGUGGAGGCCAAAUGGCCUGGAACCCUGGAGACUCAAGGGGAAGGUAGUGGUUAGAGCUUGUCUGGUUGGAAUUGAGGGACUGCCUUGGAAAGUUCCAAGAUCUGUCACGAGUCAGAGAGCCAAGACAAGGCCAGUGCCCCACCAGGCUGGGCAAGAUCCCUCUGAGGGUGGAGCAGGGACCACCACCAGAUGUCCAGUCAGAGAGCUGCCUGUGGCCUUGGGUUUGCCUGUGGUGCAUGUGAGCCCAUGUGUACUUGUAUUCACUGUCAGGACAUGUGCAGGCUUGUGUGAAUCUGUGGGAGCCCAAAGGCCAGUGGCUGGCUGGCAGGAGGCUUGAGCUGGGGUGACCUCUUGCCUCCCUAACCCCAGCUCCUGAUGCCCAAGGGGAGCCUGACUGCUGUGGACCAACCUAGAGGUCAGGGGCCCUGAGGCAUCCACAUGCGCAAAGGCCUGGGCUUCCUCCUUGGGCACAGGAGCUACAGCAGGCUCCUGAGGCAUGAGGACACAGUGGCAGCUAGAAGGCUGGUGGACCAAGGGGUCCAACCUUGAGGAUGCUAAGGCAGGCAGAGCACAUGGAUGUGGACCUGGAUGCUCCACUCCUGGACCUUGCCAAGAGCGGACAAAACCUCUGCCUACUUGCUACCUCUGCCCACUGUUGUGGUGCUGCAGCCAGAGAUCUGGGGGUAUGUGGGCCAGCCUUCCCUUGUCUUCCCUUCUCCCAGAAAGGAGCUGACCAAGUAAGCUCUGGGCCAGGACCUUGCUUGGAGACAUGCUGGGGGAAUGGCUCCUCCCUGGAGAGGGCUGACCUCUUGCCUCCAGGGACCCAGGGAGGUGGAGAUGUCAAGUGCCUGCACCAAGGGUGCUCAAUAAAGGGGGUACCCUCUUGCUCA